AGUCGCGCACCGGGAGGCAAGGAGGCGCCGGCGGGGCUCGGGGGGCUCGGAUCUGACAGAAAACUCGGCGCGAUCGGGACGGCGAGCGAGCCGGCGCGCGGGUGCUGCGAGCAGCCAUGAUUACCUCAGCGGCUGGAAUCAUUUCCCUUCUGGACGAAGAAGAACCACAGCUGAAGGAAUUUGCACUACACAAAUUGAAUGCAGUCGUCAAUGACUUCUGGGCAGAAAUUUCUGAGUCAGUAGACAAAAUAGAAGUGUUGUACGAAGAUGAAGGCUUCCGGAGCAGGCAGUUUGCAGCAUUGGUGGCAUCGAAAGUAUUUUACCACCUGGGUGCUUUUGAGGAGUCUCUGAAUUAUGCCCUUGGAGCAGGUGACCUCUUCAAUGUCAACGACAACUCUGAAUACGUGGAGACUAUCAUAGCAAAAUGCAUUGAUCAUUAUACUAAACAGUGUGUAGAAAAUGCAGAUCUGCCUGAAGGAGAAAAGAAGCCGAUCGACCAGAGACUGGAAGGCAUUGUGAACAAAAUGUUCCAGCGCUGUCUGGACGAUCACAAGUACAAGCAGGCGAUCGGCAUUGCUCUGGAGACGCGGAGACUGGACGUCUUUGAGAAGACCAUCCUGGAGUCGAAUGAUGUCCCGGGAAUGUUAGCUUACAGCCUGAAGCUGUGUAUGUCUCUAAUGCAGAACAAGCAGUUUCGGAAUAAAGUGCUGAGAGUUCUAGUUAAAAUCUACAUGAACUUGGAGAAGCCUGAUUUCAUCAAUGUUUGUCAGUGCUUAAUCUUCUUAGAUGAUCCUCAAGCCGUGAGUGAUAUCUUAGAAAAACUGGUCAAGGAAGACAACCUCCUGAUGGCUUAUCAGAUUUGUUUUGAUUUGUAUGAAAGCGCUAGCCAGCAGUUUUUAUCCUCAGUAAUCCAGAAUCUUCGGACUGUUGGCACCCCUAUUGCUUCUGUGCCUGGGUCCACCAAUACGGGCACCGUUCCAGGACCAGAGAAGGACAGUGACUCGAUGGAAACAGAAGAGAAGGCAGGCAGUACCCCUGCAGCAAGAACUCCAGAAGCGCAGAGUCCAGAACCAAAGGACCAGACUUUGAAAAUGAUUAAAAUUUUAAGUGGUGAAAUGGCUAUUGAAUUACAUCUGCAGUUCUUAAUACGAAACAAUAACACAGACCUCAUGAUUCUAAAAAAUACAAAGGAUGCAGUACGAAAUUCUGUAUGUCACACAGCAACUGUCAUAGCAAACUCCUUUAUGCAUUGUGGGACGACCAGUGACCAGUUCCUUAGAGAUAACUUAGAAUGGUUGGCCAGGGCCACCAACUGGGCCAAAUUUACUGCGACAGCCAGUUUGGGUGUAAUUCAUAAGGGUCAUGAAAAGGAGGCAUUGCAGUUAAUGGCAACGUACCUUCCCAAGGACACGUCUCCUGGAUCAGCCUAUCAGGAAGGGGGUGGUCUCUAUGCAUUGGGUCUCAUUCAUGCCAAUCACGGUGGUGAUAUAAUUGACUAUCUGCUUAAUCAGCUUAAGAAUGCCAGCAAUGAUAUCGUACGACAUGGUGGCAGUCUGGGCCUUGGUUUGGCUGCCAUGGGAACCGCACGCCAGGAUGUGUAUGAUUUGCUAAAAACAAACCUUUAUCAGGAUGAUGCGGUAACAGGAGAGGCAGCUGGCUUGGCCUUGGGUUUGGUCAUGUUGGGCUCGAAGAAUGCCCAGGCUAUUGAGGACAUGGUGGGCUAUGCCCAGGAAACUCAGCAUGAGAAGAUCCUGCGGGGUCUCGCGGUGGGCAUUGCGUUGGUGAUGUAUGGGCGGAUGGAAGAAGCGGAUGCGCUCAUCGAGUCUCUCUGUCGUGACAAGGACCCGAUUCUUCGACGUUCUGGGAUGUAUACUGUGGCUAUGGCUUACUGUGGCUCUGGUAACAACAAAGCUAUUCGCCGCCUGCUGCAUGUUGCUGUAAGUGAUGUCAAUGACGACGUCAGGAGAGCAGCAGUAGAAUCACUUGGGUUCAUUUUAUUCAGGACCCCAGAGCAGUGCCCCAGUGUUGUCUCUUUGUUGUCAGAGAGUUACAACCCUCAUGUGCGCUAUGGAGCCGCCCUGGCCUUGGGGAUCUGCUGCGCGGGCACAGGAAACAAGGAGGCAAUUAACUUGUUGGAACCCAUGACCAAUGACCCUGUGAACUACGUGAGGCAAGGAGCACUCAUCGCCUCGGCACUCAUCAUGAUCCAGCAGACUGAGAUCACUUGUCCAAAGGUGAAUCAGUUCAGACAGCUGUACUCCAAAGUCAUCAAUGAUAAGCAUGAUGAUGUUAUGGCCAAGUUUGGCGCCAUUCUGGCCCAGGGCAUUCUGGAUGCAGGUGGUCACAACGUCACCAUCUCCUUACAGUCCAGGACUGGGCACACUCACAUGCCUUCUGUGGUUGGCGUCCUGGUCUUCACCCAGUUCUGGUUCUGGUUUCCUCUGUCACAUUUCCUGUCACUGGCUUAUACCCCUACCUGUGUCAUCGGCCUUAAUAAGGACUUAAAGAUGCCCAAAGUUCAGUACAAAUCCAACUGUAAGCCGUCUACGUUUGCGUAUCCUGCUCCUCUGGAAGUCCCAAAGGAAAAAGAGAAGGAGAAGGUUUCUACUGCUGUGUUAUCGAUUACUGCCAAGGCUAAGAAGAAAGAAAAAGAAAAAGAAAAAAAGGAGGAGGAAAAAAUGGAAGUGGAUGAGGCAGAGAAAAAGGAAGAAAAAGAAAAGAAAAAAGAACCUGAACCAAACUUCCAGCUCUUGGAUAACCCAGCCCGGGUUAUGCCUGCCCAGCUUAAGGUCCUCACCAUGCCAGAGACCUGCCGCUACCAGCCCUUCAAACCACUCUCCAUCGGAGGCAUCAUCAUCCUGAAGGACACCAGUGAGGACACUGAGGAGCUGGUGGAACCUGUCGCAGCGCACGGCCCAAAGAUCGAGGAGGAAGAGCAAGAACCAGAACCCCCAGAACCAUUUGAGUAUAUCGAUGACUAAGACCUGAGGAUCUCAUGCGCUCACCCAUGGAAGGUCGUUCAGGUCCCGUGGGACGCACCUCCGAGGAGUUCGUGCGAAGCCCGCUGCCCAAUGCAUGUACCGCUGCCUCGCGCCGCCCCGAAGCACCCGGCCCCACAACUUUGUUUGGAAAGAAGAUAUACAAGUAUUUAGUGUGCUCUUUCACAGAACUCAAUUUUCAAAUAAAUAUAUUAAAAUCUUCAGAUGGACAA